UUGCUGUCAAGUCAAAGUAAAUGCUUUAUAUUUAAAUUUAAAUUUUAUUCCAAAAUGAUUUUUACCUCGCCCAUACUGUUGUUUAUCUAUAAUUCAAUGUUGCUUCAUUUGAUCCGAUGUGGAAGUGACGCUCUGGAAGCAAGUGUGAAUGUUGAAGGUAUCGGCGAUUUGCAAGUGCCUAUUUUAUUGGGCGAUUAUCUAAAAAAUAUAUGGGUUGAAAAUCUAAUAAUCAAUACAUUUAUCCUAAUACCAGCAUUUAUACAGCAUCGUUAUUUCAGUUUUCCAUUGGCAUUUUUAUUGACAUGGAAUUUUUUCAUAUUUCAAUGCGUUUUGGCCUAUGUGGUGACACUUCUCUGGAUGUUAUGGUGGAGCAGUUUGAGUACCUUCUAUUACAUGAGUUUGGGUUCAAUUGGCAUUCUACUUAAUGUCAUUCAUUUUGUACUGAUCAUCGAUACAAUGGGAUUGCAGACUGUUCUUCAAGAAAAUAAGGUAAACGCAGAAGAACAUCGUGAAGACUCCAUGGAAACAAGUUAAGUCAUUCGAGGUUGAAGGAGGUAGAAGAGAAGGAAUAAGAUCAUGGUCAUCAGUCACCAAGGGGCUUAACCUUGGACCGUCUAUGUACAAAUUCUGGGUCAACUAAUAAAUAUGCCAAAACCACACACAUCCACACACACACAUAGAGAGAGAGAGACGAAGCAAAAGAGAUA